AAUGGAUCAAAAUUGCAUUGCCAUUUGUAAACAUUUGAUUGCGCGUAUUUUCUUCCCCAAUUUUCCAGCUUUUUCUCUGUUUUCCAGCUUGAAAAUGGGUGAAAAUUUUAUACAAAACAUAGUGAGAAAGUUUGGUUACCAAGAAAAUGUACAAAUGAUUCAGAAGAUCAAAGAAAACUCCCGAUUGCUGCAUUUAAAGCAGAAUUCUAUGACUUCAGGGAUUGGGGAGAUUGCAAAAAUUGUCAUCUGCACAGAUUUAGCAGCGUCGGAAAUGGGAUUAUCCUUCGACACGGAACUCGGACAGAAGCUGUGUGGACUGAGAAAGGGAUUGUACGCCAAUAAUAGAAGGAUUGUUCAGAAAUUAAUUGGGAAUUCAAAAUCUAUAGGGAUUCCUGCGUUAUGCCUUCAAUUGGGGCUUCCGAGUCAAAUUCAGGAGACAGCUGCGGAUGAGUUACAAAAGUACCUGACUUACAUGACAAGAAUUAAUCAAGAUAUUGAUAGAAAGCAUCCACAAUAUGCAGCUAUCACUUUAUUUAAAAUUGCUCAAAUGAGAAAGAUUAAAGUGUCCAAGACGUCUUUUGCAAGUUCCUGCAGCUUGAAAACUGACCAGUGGAAAAUGCUAGAAGAAUCCUGGGAAAAAUACGCAAGGGAUUCUAAGGAAAAGGUGCGUUCGAGAGAAGAGAAAACUGAUCAAGACGUUGAGAUGGUCGAGGAGACGCCAAAGGAAGGAAAUAAUGCAGAAGAAAUUGAAGAUUACGAAGUUUGGAAGAAGAGGAUUUUGGCCAGAGCUUAUGAAAAUCUCAGGAAGCCCUAAUAAAGCGCGAAGAUUGUUCAGCCG